UUUUGUAUCUUUUUAUAUAAGAUACUAUCCCCACAAAGAGGUGAAGCAAACCACAAAUAUCAAAACAUAAAAUUUAAGCGACAUGCCUCCUAAAGCUCAACAUGAUUCAGACGAUGAACCCAUCGAGCCUAUGAUGAGCAAUACGAAUAUGGCUAAAUAUUUUGAUCAACAUUACUCCGAAACAUUUAUGAAGAGCUUGCCUGAGAAGAUUAAGGAUCGUGUACAAGUCUUACUUAAAUACCACGAUGAUUGCAUGAAACUUCAGGAAAAUGUUGAACAGGAGGAGCAGCAGCUUCGGAAAGAAUUUGACGCCAAAUAUGCCUCUAUUUUUGCAAGGCGGAGGGAAAUUAUCAACGGGACAGGCCCAGAGGUAACCGAUUCGGAGGUGAUGGCGGGCUUCCCGGAAGAACACACUGGGAAGGUCGAUAUCACGAAAGAGGAGGUCGAGGAGGUUAAACGUAAGGGAAUUCCAGAGUUUUGGCUUCAAGCGUUAAGUAAUAACGUGACACUAGCCAGUAUGAUCACAGAACGGGACGAAGGGGCACUAAAGCAUUUGAUUGAUGUAUCAUCGCAUACUAUAGACGGUGAAUAUGGUAGUUUUGAAGUGGUGUUUACUUUUUCAUCAAACAUUUACUUUCAGGAAGAUCAACUCACGAUCGCGGUCGUUAUGGGCGAGGAAGGAUCGACGCUGAAGCGCGGCCCCCUCACGUGGAAGAAAGGGAAAAAUUUAACGAUGGAACCUGGCAAGGUUAAGACCGCCAAGCGCAAUAGUCGGGUACAACUGAAGCAAAUACCGUGCAACUCUUUCUUUAAUAUUUUUCAAGAUAAGAAAGAUACUGACGACGACAAUGAUAGCGAGGAUGAUGAGGAGGAGGAGGUUAUAAAUAUUCUUCGGAUUUUGCACAACAACAUCAUACCAUGUGCUGUUUUGCAUUAUACUGGUGAGGCUGAUGAGGGAGAUGGUGAUAUGGGUAUGGAAGAUGAGUACACCGAUAGCGACAGUGAAGAUUCUGACACCAAAUGAAGUGGAUGCUUUGACUGAUAGACCUGUAGCCUCUAUAGCUAGCAUUCGUUUUCACUAAUGAGGAUGAGUCUUUUUAAUGAAUAAACGGUUAAAUGCAUUCCGUUUGAGUCUUCAAUGAAGUCUGAGACUUGAAGGUCGUCCAUUCAAGAACAACUACAAAAAAGGAAAAUACAAGGAGAAAAAGCGUUGGACCAUUCUUUGAUUUUAACUACUUUAUCUGUAGACAAUUUAGAGACUGUCUUGUCAUGGAAGCAGCGCUAAGUCCAAAUGGAAGAGUACCAAAUAUUUUCUCACACAUAAACUCAACAUGCUACUUUUUAGAAGUGAUAAACAAUUAAUAACCACAUUAGCAUCUCUUCUCGUAAAAAGAUUGUUAAAUAUGGUGUUUUACAUCCUAUAUAUGCUUUACACUGUAUGCUACAAAUAAAUAUUGGUAAUAAGAUGGUGCAUUUUAAGCUUUUAAAAUUCUAAACUAAAGAAAUGGUGGAAUCGUCAUCUAAUAUUUAGA